AUGGGUGCUCACCCCGGAGUGCCGAACCGUGUGGAAUACCGUGGAAAUCAUCAACAAAGCAAUCGCCGUGGUGGCAGACAAGGAGGAGCACGAGGGGGUAGUGAUGUAAUUGGGGAUAGCCAUAUAGCGGGCGUCAUGAAAACGCUCCUCGCUCUUCUGUUUGAAAAGUCAGCUGGGUGCUUUAAUGCAGAAACUGGAAUGCUCAACAUAUCCGAUAUGCGUGGUAGCCCUGAUCUCGCGUCAGCCUCUAAGAGUGUGGACUUCAACAACUUUGCGUUUUGUCGUUGUAUUGCCGAGGUUCUGCGCAAACAAUUUGGGAACCGAAUUCGCUUUAUAGACCUCAGUAGCAACCAGGUUCGCAGGCUAACACCCUUCCUUCAGGCGUUGAUGGAGGUUGACACUCACGCUGGCAUCGCCGCUAUCAACGCAGCUAACAACGCCAUCGAUGAUCUUUCCUUUCUUGGGCUGCUCAAGGAGUUUCCGUUGCUCACCGAGGUGCUUCUCACGAGCAAUCCCGUAACGAACCACAAGGACUACCGCGGCCAAGUCCUUCGGACGCUGUCGAACUUAAGGAUGCUUGAUGCCGAGCCCGUCAAACGAAACCUGCUGAUUCUCCCCAACCCCUUACACGCCCCCCCGCAGAGCGAGCUGCAUUUGCAGGUUCUGGAUUACCUCAAUCGGAACCUGCUGUCGGUGAUGAAUGGUGGGGAGAUCGACCCGAUUAUUCCGUUGUACGCGCAAGGCGCCACCGCGCUGUCCAUCAGCCAAAACGACGCGCUCUCGUCCCUGCGGCUGCCCAUCAACGCCCUUUGCCAUACGGUCGACCUCUCGAAGGCGAUGCGAAACACGAUGCAGACGGACAUCACCGCGGCCCGCAAGGCGAUUCACUGGCGAAAUCUCCUCAGCAACAUCGCCUCCAUGCGGAAUGUCGCGCAAAACCCUGCGGAGAUUCGAAGCUACCUCCGGGCAUUUUGCGCCCUGGGGUCGAGCCCGAGUUUGCAGUUUUGCCAACUCAUCAGCGCGAGCGCGUCGGUGAGUGUGCUGGAGCAGGAGGUGAAGGUGCGGCUGUAUGUGGUCACGCUGCACGGCAGGAUGAAGUACCUGUGGAACCCGGUGGACCCCUCCACGGGCAACCGCGUCUUUCCCGAGGGAAAGGAGCCUUUCGUCCCGCGCUACUUCGACCGCACGAUCGUGAUGGUGGAUACGAACAACACGGUGAGCAUCACGAACGACAUGAUCUUCUGCCGCCCCGAUCAUGGGGUGAUGCCGGACGGGGAUAAUUCGCUCUUCUUCGCCGACAACGACGAUCGCGUGGAGCAGAUGCGGCGGAAACUGCUUCCCGGCGCCAGCCGAGAGGUGAUGAGGCAUCUCGUCCUGAGCUCCCAAAGCGACUACGCCCUGCAGAACUUGGUGCUUCAGAUCUUGCAAACGGGACCUCCUCCGGAAUCCCUCCACUCGGUAGAGGCUGUGAAGAAUAUCCUGCAGCUUUAA